GGGCGUGCGCGUCUCUCGGAACGAUUCGGAACGACGCGCAAAACUGAAAGCGCAUCUGGUCCACCGCUUCCAGUCCGACGACGGAAAGUAAGCUCAGCUUCGGGGUUCGACGUGUGGCGUCCCUAGUGCGUCGCGACGAAUACGGGCCGUGUCAGUUGUCAGUUUGGUACGUGGUAGAGUAGUGUAGACGCCCGUCGUCGGUCGUAAAUCGUCCGUCGCGCGUACAGCCUGAACCGACAUGGGCGUACCACAACAAAAGAGUUGCAUGAAUGAAACGGUGGCCAGCGCGUGUGUGACAGUGCUGCUUUGAGUGGAUACUCCCGGACCAGAUAGUGAAACCUUCUUUUUUACAUCACCUACCCACACAUUAACUUGGUACAAAUCAUGUCGCUAGGCCGCUAGACCGCGAUCAGGUACGGUCCAGCGGAACGGCGGAACCACGACGGUAAAGUUGUCUCAGGACUGUGUAUUCGAAAUAGCAAUCUCCAAACUCCUUUAUUCACCACCGGCUGCCAUGGUUUAUUUGUCAGCGGCUACAACAGGCACGUGUGCCUACAACUACAUUCAUGGCCAUUGAUAAAAGAUGUCUUGUAGUGUCACUGAGCGUGUGACCGAAAAUAGGGGACAAACGACAACAAGUACGACGGGAACAAGCGGUGCCACGGCACUAUGUAGAUUGCGUGGCUCAAGCAAUACCAAUCUAACAACGUCGCCCAACUCACGUCGCACAAUUGGACCGGGACCACCUCAGAAUGGUCCCCAAUCCGGACCGCAGGGAACACCACUUCGACCAAAACCCUGUUGUCUCUGGUGCUGUUGCUGCAAAUGUCCCUGCACUAACCCCAAUAGGCCGGAAGAAAAUGGACCAUCGAGACCAUCAAAUGACAACUGUGAACAAAAUCCGCCACCAACAUUAGAAGAAAUAAAAAGCUGGGGAAGAUCGUUCGACAAGUUAAUGCGAAGUCCAGCUGGUAGAGAAAUAUUCCGCGACUUUUUACGGGGCGAGUACUCCGAGGAGAACAUUCUGUUUUGGCUUGCCUGCGAAGAAUUGAAACGAGAAAGUAACCCCGAAGUGGUUGAAGAGAAGGCAAGAAAAAUAUACGAAGAUUACAUUUCCAUUUUGUCUCCAAAAGAGGUAUCUCUUGAUGCAUGCGUACGUGAAAUAGUUAAUCGUAACAUGGUGGAACCGACACCGCACACAUUCGAUGACGCACAAUCUCAAAUAUACACGUUGAUGCAUAGGGAUAGUUACCCGCGCUUCGUGAACUCACCAUUGUACCGCGGCUUGUCACAGCAGACCUCGGGCGGAACGUCUGGUGUCAGUACUGCAACAGCGAUGGUUUCAGCCAGCUCCGAAAGGGACCAGGACGGUUAGAGCCUAAAAGCCUAAAAAGCCGUUCUCAAGUCUCGCAACUAGGCGGCCUAACGAGAGACUCGACAAUAACUCGGACCUCGGCAUUGGAUGAUUGUACCCUUUAAGGCCAUUUAAAUAAACGUAAACGUAAAACGCCUAUUUAGGGUGUAGCACGACCGACUUGCCGACUUGCCGAUUUCCCCGAUAUUCUUCGGAUCAUUCCCUCGCAGAGUGUGUGAGUGCCAUUUGCUCAGGUUUUUGGUUUCGCCUCGCCUAUGGCCUCACUGCGGCAACAGCGCAACCAGCAGGAUGAAUGACGUAAAUUGACCAUCCUGAAUUUUCUAUUGUUUAUUGCAUUUAUUUUCAUUGUUCAUUUAUUGAGGACGUUGUGACACGUGUUCGAAAUCCGUUUGCUCGUUAGAACUGCGGUCACUGGUCAAAGCAGUGGUAUUUUACAGCAAUCAUAUAUAGACGUACUACGUCGCAUAUCGUCGCUCACUUCUUAAUUAGUGUUGUGUAAUAAUAACGAAGUUCUGGUUCAUCUCACUUCAAAAUAAAAAAAAAAAAAUAAAAAAAA